AUGCGACGCGACUAUCUACCUAUUGAGGCUCUGGCUCCCUGGGCAAAGCUCAAUGGCAUUUCCCUCGAGGGAAUCGCUUUCCAGAAGCUCCAAGGCGCAGACGGGACAGACAAAGGUUCCGCCAUCGUAGCGACAGUGGAGAAAAAUGACGGGGAAGAUGAAGCAGACACUCUUCUCGCGGUCCCAUCCGACCUGGCACUCACCUCCGAGUUUGUUCACAACCAUGCAAAAAUAGAUCGCCAUCUUCGGGGGGUCCUAGAUGCUGUUGGCGACUUUGGCAGAACAGCUAGAGGCGCGAUUUUGAUCUUUUUAAUUGUUCAAAUCACCCAUGCAAGCCCAGACUUCGCCAACCAGCGCCAAAAGAUCGGUAUCUCGAACCCUUGGACAGAGUACAUUAAGUUUAUGCCGGCGUCUAUAUCUCUACCGACGUUUUACUCAGCAGAAGAACGUGAGCUGUUAGGCGGGACAUCGCUACAGACUGCGGUCGAUGCGAAACUUGGUUCUCUUGAUAAAGAAUUCGAGCACCUACGCGAAGUUACGGAGAACAUAUCCUGGUGCCAGGAGCAUUGGUGGGAUGAGGAUACAGGGAGAUUCACAUUCGACGACUGGAAGUAUGUUGACGCUGUGUAUCGGUCACGAGUGGUCGAUCUUCCCAGGAGUGGGCAUGCGAUUGUGCCAUGUGUUGAUAUGGCAAACCAUGCCUGUGAGGACUCGGUGAAAGCCAGGUACGACGAGGAGGGGGCCGGAAACGCUGUACUCCAGCUUCGGACCGGCAAGAAGCUACGCAUCGGCGAGGAAGUUACUAUAUCGUAUGGUGAUGAGAAACCAGCCUCGGAGAUGGUAUUCUCCUACGGUUUCGUUGAAAGAGAAAGCACGGACGCGAAGCAGAUCUUCCUCGACCUGGAAAUCCCCGAUGACGAUCCUUUGAAAAUGGCCAAGCAAGCAUUCUGCAAAGAGGUCCCCGGGGUACGGAUCACCAGAGCCACUACGGCACGUCCAGGGCCGGCCAAAACCACUUGGGAUAGCCCCUUUGUAUGGUGGGCUUGUGUAAACGAGGAAGACGGCCUCGAUUUCGACGUGGUGCAAACUACCGACGGGGGCAAAGAACUAAGAGCUACUUGGAAAGGAGAGGACAUGGGAACGCCCAGCCGCCUCAAGGAUUUACUAGCAGCGGACCCUUUGUGGGCUAUUUUCCAGCUUCGUGCGGUUGUGCUUAUACUCGACCGGCUUGAGACUCAGCUGGUGAUUUUGCGGGAGACCGAAAAGCUAGUUGCCGAAAUAAGCAAUGACGAGGACAUGCGAACGCUCUUUCGUCCUGAUGUUUUGAAUACUAUAUCUAGCUUGCGGAGUCUAGAGGCUGAAUUGUUGGAGUCGAGUAUCGAGGACCUCAUGAGUAGCAGGCAGGAACUGAUAACAUCUGAGACGGUCACUGCGUACCUCAACCAGCAGUCCGAUGAUGUAGAAGAGGAUUUUUCAUAA